CUAAAACAGUAAGUAGUGGUGUAAUCCAGGGAAGUGUAUUAGGCCCACUCUUAUUCAUAAUAUAUAUAAACAGUAUCUGUGAAUGCUUUAGUGUAGGUAAACCAAUACUAUAUGCAGAUGACUUAAAAGUAACGUAUAAAUGCAAGAACACAGAUCUUGGAAUAACAGUAAACGCCAUACAGCAAGAAUUAGAAAAAAUGGAUAGAUGGUGUGACACCUGGCAACUCCAAUUUAAUGUCGAAAAAUGUGGCUGGCUCUGCAUAGGUUGCAACAAUUUAGAACUUGACCUGACAAUUCAAGGCCAUGCACUUCAACGACUGGAAUCUGUACUGGACCUAGGGCUGAAAUAUUCACAUAACUUAUCAUUUUCUGAACAUAUCUCCAAACAAGUGUCAAAGUCACGCAGACUUAUCGGCUUUCUACUCAGGAACUUCUACAGAAAUGAGUCUAGAAUUCUGUUGUACAAGGUUUGUGUGCGUCCUUUAUUUGAUUACUGUUCAUUCAUGUAUAGUAGCAUACGCAUAGAGGACAAAUUGAAAGUCGAGGGAGUGCAGAGGUACUUCACGUUAAAAUUACUCGGAACUGAAAAUGGUGCGAGCUACUCCACUAGAUGUGAUACCCUAGGACUAGAAACACUAUGGCUAAGACGCCUGAGACUAAACUUGACACUUUACUAUAAGCUUCUAAACCACUUAGUUUUUACCUCUACUAAUGGCACUCGACUUUCAGAUGACAAUGGCUACAAACUAAGACACACUAAGGGUACAGUAGCUAUCGAACAAUGUAAAACAGCCACCAGGCAAAAGUUUUACUUGAUUAGGUAUGCACAGAUAUGGAAUAAACUGCCAAUGGAAAUGCGUCAAGCAAGUACAUUGGCCUCCUUCAAAAAGGUGCUUAAUGACAAACUACAAGAGUUUGCAAACGAUAGUAGUUCUAGUUCCUAUCUGAGAGCCUCCGAAAUUAUAGGUCCAUUUAAUGUAUAAGCUUAAAUACUACACCUGUUGUUUUUUGCCUAUAUUUAUAAUUCUAGAUAAAACAUUAACGGUUAACAUACGUAUCCUCAAACAGACAAGA